AUGACCGAAAUAGCCAGCAGCGCGCCCCGGAAUGGCGUCGUCGUGCCCCAGAACAAUGGCAAGCAGACAUACGCCGAGCUGCACCAGAUAGCAGACCACUUCAUCGGAGGCAACAAAGUGGAGAACGCGAAAGAUUCGAAAGUAAAGGAUUUCGUCAUCGCAAACAAUGGGCACACAGUCAUUACGAAUGUUCUGAUUGCCAACAACGGCAUUGCUGCCGUCAAGGAAAUCCGAUCGGUUCGAAAAUGGGCUUACGAGACGUUCGGCGACGAGCGCGCCAUCCAGUUCACGGUCAUGGCCACGCCCGAAGAUUUGCAAGCCAAUGCAGACUACAUCCGAAUGGCAGACCACUACGUUGAAGUGCCUGGCGGCACCAACAACCACAACUACGCCAAUGUGGAGCUGAUCGUGGAUAUUGCCGAGCGGAUGAACGUCCAUGCAGUUUGGGCUGGCUGGGGCCACGCCUCAGAGAACCCGAAAUUGCCAGAAUCUCUGGCUGCCUCGCCGAAGAAGAUUGUCUUCAUAGGACCACCUGGCUCUGCCAUGCGCUCUCUUGGUGACAAGAUCUCCUCUACAAUUGUUGCACAGCACGCCGAAGUGCCCUGCAUUCCGUGGUCUGGCACUGGUGUUGAUGAGGUCACAGUUGAUGACCAAGGCAUCGUCACCGUGGCUGAAGACAUCUACAUGAAGGGCUGUGUCGAGUCCUGGCAGGAGGGUCUGGAGAAGGCCAAGCAGAUUGGCUUCCCUGUCAUGAUCAAGGCAUCCGAAGGUGGUGGCGGCAAGGGCAUCCGGAAAGCCCUGAGCGAAGAUGGUUUCGAGCAGCUUUACAAGGCUGCGGCGAGCGAGAUCCCCGGCUCUCCCAUCUUCAUCAUGAAGCUUGCCAGCAGUGCCCGGCAUCUGGAGGUUCAGCUUCUGGCUGACCAGUACGGCAACAACAUCUCUCUGUUUGGCAGAGAUUGUUCAGUCCAGAGACGUCACCAGAAGAUUAUUGAGGAGGCACCUGUCACUAUUGCCAAGGCUCAUACCUUCAGGGCGAUGGAGGACGCUGCAGUCAGACUUGGCAAGCUGGUCGGUUAUGUCUCUGCGGGUACUGUCGAAUACCUUUACUCCCAUCAUGACGACAAGUUUUACUUCCUGGAGUUGAACCCCCGUCUCCAGGUCGAGCAUCCCACCACCGAGAUGGUCAGUGGUGUCAACCUGCCUGCUGCUCAGCUCCAGAUUGCCAUGGGUCUCCCUCUGCAUCGGAUCCGCGAUAUUCGACUUCUGUACGGCCUGGACCCUAAGGCUGCGACAGAAAUCGACUUCGAAUUUAAGAAUGAGGGCAGUGCCAAGACACAACGACGACCGACUCCCAAGGGCCACACCACUGCUUGCCGUAUCACCUCCGAAGACCCUGGCGAGGGCUUCAAGCCGUCCAACGGUGUCAUGCACGACCUGAACUUUAGGAGUAGCUCCAACGUUUGGGGUUACUUCUCCGUCAGUACUGGCUCGGGUAUUCACAGUUUCUCCGACUCGCAAUUUGGCCAUAUUUUCGCCUACGGAGAGAACCGACAAGCCUCACGAAAGCACAUGGUUGUCGCCCUCAAGGAGCUCAGCAUUCGUGGUGACUUCCGAACCACUGUGGAGUACCUGAUCAAGCUUCUGGAAACCGAAGCUUUCGAGGACAACACCAUUACCACGGGCUGGCUGGACGAGCUCAUCUCGAACAAGCUGACGGCCGAGCGACCUGACUCGACCUUGGCCGUUGUCUGCGGUGCCGUCACCAAAGCGCACAUUGCUAGCGAGCAAUGCUUUGCCGACUACAAGGCUGGCCUGAACAAGGGUCAGGUGCCUUCUAAGGACAUCCUCAAGACCGUGUUCCCUGUCGACUUCAUCUACGAAGGCUACCGCUACAAGUUUACCGUAACGCGGUCGAGCAUGGAUAGCUACCAUCUCUUUAUCAAUGGUUCCAAGUGCUCCGUCGGCGUGCGUGCGCUCAGUGACGGUGGGCUGCUCAUUCUGCUGGAUGGACGCAGUCACAGCAUCUACUGGAAGGAGGAAGUCGGAGCCACCCGUGUGUCUGUGGACAGCAAGACCUGCUUGCUCGAGCAGGAGAACGACCCUACCCAGCUCCGGUCGCCCAGUCCUGGAAAGUUGGUUUCAUACUCGGUUGAGAACGGCGAGCACGUUGCCGCCGGUCAAAUUUUCGCCGAGGUUGAGGUCAUGAAGAUGUACAUGCCGCUCGUGGCACAGGAAGACGGUGUGGUUCAGCUCAUCAAGCAGCCUGGUGCCACUCUUGAGGCUGGUGACAUUUUGGGCAUACUCGUCCUUGAUGACCCCAGUCGUGUCAAGCAGGCUCAGCCCUUCCUCGGCCACCUGCCUGAGUUCGGUCCCCCAAUGGUGGCUGGUGACAAGCCUGCUCAGCGGUUCUCCAAGCUGUACGACACCCUCGGGAACAUUCUCGAGGGCUUCGAUAACACUGUUGUCAUGCAGUCAACCCUGAAGGACCUUAUCGAGGUUCUUAGGAACCCUGAACUGCCCUACAGCGAGUGGAAUGCUCAGUUCUCGGCUCUGCACAGUCGUAUGCCACAGAAACUGGAUGCACAGUUCGCCCAAAUUGCCGAGCGUGCCAAACAGCGCACUGCGGAAUUCCCAGCCAAGGCUCUCGCACGUGCCUUCCAGAAGUUCUUGGACGACAACGUUGCGCCUAACGAUGUGAACACACUUCGCACCACACUCGAGCCUCUCACGACCAUCAUCGACCUUUACAGCGAGGGCCAGAAGGUUCGUGAGCUCAAGGUCAUUGCGGAUAUCCUGGAGAAGUAUGCCGAGGUGGAGCGCCUGUUCUCUGGCAAGAAGCAGCAAGACGAGGAGAUUAUUCUUGCACUUCGAGACGAAAACAAGGAAGAUGUGUCCAAGGUCGUCACGACCGUCCUGUCCCACAGCCGUGUCACUGCCAAGAACAACCUCAUUCUCGCUAUCCUCGACGUAUACCGUCCCAACAAACCCAACGUUGGUAACAUUGGCAAGUACCUACGGCCUGUACUCAGGACACUGGCGGAUCUCGAGUCUCGUCAAACGGCCAAGGUCUCUUUGAAGGCGCGAGAGAUCCUCAUCCAGUGUGCUCUGCCGUCGCUCGAGGAGCGAAAGUCCCAGAUGGAGCACAUCCUGCGGUCUUCGGUUGUUGAGUCCAAAUACGGAGAGUCCGGUCUGGACCACCGGAACCCUGCCUUGGAGGUGCUCAAAGAAGUUGUCGACUCGAAGUAUACUGUCUUCGAUGUGCUGCCCCAAUUCUUCGCUCAUGAGGACCCUUGGGUCGGACUAGCGGCCCUUGAGGUAUACGUGCGCCGUGCUUACCGUGCGUACGUGCUCAAGCAAAUCGAGUAUCACGCAGAUGAGUCGGACAACCCAUGUUUCGUAUCCUGGGACUUCGUGCUCAGGAAAAUCGGCCAGUCAGAGCUCGGCUUGCCUAUUGAGUCUGCCGCGCCUUCAUCCCCGGCCACCCCGGCCACCCCUAGCAAGGGUGAUUAUGGUUUCGGACGCAUCAACUCUAUCAGCGAUAUGUCGUACUUGACUCGCAAGAUCGGCGAGGACGCGGCGCGACGCGGUGUCAUCGUCCCCUGCAAGUACAUGGACGACGUCGAGGAUCUUCUAGCCAAGGCGCUCGAAAUCCUCCCUCUCUCGCAAAAGAGCCAGGCGAAGAAGAGCAGCCUGAUCCCUGACUUGGCCGGCAAAAGGAAGCCUCCCGUCCGUCGUGAUUCUCAAGACGAACUUUCGAACGUGGUCAACAUUGCUGUUCGCGAUUCGGAGAGUGGCAAUGACGCCGAGAAUUUGGCCCGUAUUGCGGAGAUCAUGGAGCAAUUCAAGAGCGAUCUCGUCGCUCGCGGUGUCCGCCGUGUCACCUUCAUCUGCGGACGGGCUGACGGCUCUUAUCCCGCCUACUACACCUUCCGUGGCCCUACUUACGAGGAAGACGACAGCAUCCGACACAACGAGCCUGCACUGGCCUUCCAGCUGGAGCUGAACCGGCUGUCCAAGUUCAGAAUUAAGCCCGUCUUCACCGAGAACAAGAACAUCCACGUGUACGAGGCUGUCGCCAAAGAGAACGAGGCUGACAAGCGCUACUUUACACGUGCGGUUAUUCGGCCUGGCAGGCUUCGUGACGAGAUCCCCACAGCUGAGUACUUGAUCUCCGAGGCAGAUCGAGUUAUCAACGAUAUCUUCGACGCCCUGGAAAUCAUCGGCAACAACAAUUCUGACUUGAACCACCUGUUCAUCAACUUCACUCCCGUCUUCCAGUUGCACCCUCGCGAGGUUGAGUACUCGCUCCAAGGAUUCCUUGAUCGUUUCGGACCACGAGGAUGGCGUCUCCGUGUCGCACAGGUUGAGAUCCGCAUUAUCUGCACGGAUCCCACCACUGGCACGCCGUACCCUCUGCGUGUGGUCAUCACCAACACUUCUGGAUUUGUCGUCCAGGUCGAGGUGUAUGCGGAGCGCAAGUCUGAGAAGGGCGAGUGGGUCUUCAACUCCCUUGGUGGAACCACCAAGAUAGGGGCGAUGCAUUUGCUGCCCGUCUCUACGCCCUACCCAACCAAGAACCAGCUGCAGCCCAAGCGUUACAAGGCCCAUCUCAUGGGUACGCAAUAUGUGUACGAUUUCCCCGAGCUUUUCCGCCAGGCCAUUCAAAACUCGUGGGCCGAAGCUGUCAAGGUCACCCCCUCGCUGGCCGAAAAGCAGCCACCUGUGGGUGACUGCAUCGACUAUAGUGAGCUUGUCCUUGACGACACCGACAAGCUUGCUGAGGUCUCUCGUGAGCCGGGAACAAACACCCACGGUAUGGUCGGUUGGCUGAUUAAUGCCCGCACGCCCGAGUACCCUCGUGGCCGGAGGUUUGUGCUGGUCUCGAACGACAUUACCUACCAGAUCGGCUCUUUCGGUCCCAAGGAAGACCACUAUUUCAACAAGUGUACUGAGCUGGCACGCAAGCUGGGCGUUCCCCGCAUCUACCUGUCUGCCAACUCCGGUGCUCGUCUUGGUGUUGCGAAUGAGCUCAUGUCUCACUUCAAGGUUGCAUUCAAUGACGCCAACAAGCAGGAGGCUGGCUUCAAAUACCUGUACCUGGAUGAAGAAGCCAAGAAACGUUUCGAGGGCUCGGUCAUCACGGAGGAGAUUGUCGAGGAUGGUGAGAAGCGUCACAAGAUCACCACCAUUGUCGGCAAAGAGGAUGGUCUUGGUGUCGAGUGUCUGCGCGGCUCUGGUCUCAUCGCUGGUGCAACCAGUCGGGCUUACAACGACAUUUUCACUUGCACGCUCGUUACAUGCCGCUCUGUUGGUAUUGGCGCCUACCUCGUCCGCCUUGGUCAACGUGCUGUCCAGGUUGAAGGUCAGCCGAUCAUCCUCACGGGUGCUCCUGCGCUCAACAAUCUGCUCGGCCGCGAGGUCUACACCUCCAACCUGCAGCUUGGUGGCACCCAGAUCAUGUACCGCAACGGUGUGUCCCACAUGACCGCCGAGGACGACAUGGCUGGUAUCUCCAAGAUUGUCCAGUGGAUGUCCUUCGUGCCCGACAAGCGUAACAACCCUGUCCCGAUCGCCCCCAGCGCCGAUACAUGGGACCGGGAUGUCGUUUUCACUCCCGUUCCCCGACAACCGUAUGACGUCCGCUGGAUGAUUGCCGGUAAGCAGGAAGGAGACGACUUCCAGCCAGGCUUGUUCGACAAGGACUCUUUCGUCGAGACCCUUGGAGGCUGGGCCCGCACGGUCGUCGUCGGUCGUGCGCGCCUCAGCGGCAUUCCCAUGGGUGUCAUUGCUGUCGAGACCCGGUCCAUUGAAAAUGUCACGCCAGCUGAUCCUGCCAAUCCUGACUCGAUUGAGCAGGUUAGCCAAGAGGCUGGUGGUGUCUGGUACCCGAACUCGGCUUUCAAGACUGCUCAGGCCAUCAACGACUUCAACUACGGUGAGCAGCUGCCUCUGAUGAUCCUCGCGAACUGGCGUGGCUUCUCUGGUGGUCAGCGCGACAUGUACAACGAGGUCCUGAAGUACGGUUCGUUCAUCGUGGAUGCCCUCGUCAAGUACGAGCAGCCCAUCUUCGUAUACAUUCCUCCCUACGGCGAACUGCGUGGAGGGUCUUGGGUCGUCGUCGAUCCUACCAUCAACCCAGUUGCUAUGGAGAUGUACGCUGAUGUCGAGGCCCGUGGUGGCGUUCUGGAGCCCGAAGGUAUCGUCGGUAUCAAGUUCCGCAAAGACAAGCAGCUCCAGAACAUGGCCCGCAACGACGCUGUCUAUGCUUCCCUAAAGAAGAAGCUGGCCGAGGCGCAAGCGAACAAUGCAAGCAAGGAGGAGCUGGAAGCCAUUCACAAGGAGCUACUUGCCCGUGAAGAACUGAUCCUGCCUGUCUACACCCAGAUCAGCCUGCAGUUCGCCGACCUGCACGACCGAUCGGGACGCAUGAAGGCCAAGGGUGUGAUCCGGGAGCAGCUCGAGUGGGCCAACAGCCGUCGCUUCUUCUACUGGCGUGUACGCAGAAGACUCAACGAGGAGUACAUCCUGCGACGCAUGGCAGCCGCCACGAGUUCCGUCGGCUCCGCCACCAAGGACCCUGCCAGCCUCCGCAAACAUCAUCUCGCCAAGCUGCAGGCGUGGAGUGGGGUACCCGAAUUCGACACAAAGGACCGCGAGGUGGCAGUUUGGUAUGAGGAGCACCGCCAACAGGUCAACGACAAGGUCGCUGCCCUGAAGGUGGAGGCUACGCAGGCGCACAUCGCGGAGCUGUUGGUUGACAAGACGGCGUUUGAGGGUGUGCGUGCGGCGCUGAGCACACUGCCUAUCGAGGAGAAGGAAGCUUUGCUUAAGCAGCUUUCGUCAUAA